ACAAUAGUGAAAGUGAAGAUAGACCACCCUGGACAUAGUUAGAUAUGCUGGUAAUGCCGUUUGUGUUGUAUGAAAGUAUGAUCCCGUCAGGCAACAACCUAGCUGCUUAGCUAAAAAAUAGGGAGUUAUUACAAUAGAUAAAUACCUGACACAAUGUCAGCAAUUCUCCCGCAUCAUAUUUCAUGUGCUGUAUUUGUGCAGUCAAUAUUAUUAAGAGGAAAGGGAGGAGAUGCGUGGAGUGACGAGAUCCCAUUAGAAUCCCAACAAAAGUUAUUAAUAUCUGCUCUUAAGUUGAUUCGAAAUUCAAACAUGCGCUGGAGUGAUUUUCAGACUGGAAUUCAGGCGUUACUUGACAAAGAUAUGCUCUCCAAUAUUUUAAAGGAUAUUUACAGCAAUCAAAAUAUCGAACAGCUAAUGGAGUUUAUAAAAGAGUUAGAAUUGUUAUUUGAUGGAAAGGAGCAAGUACUAAAAAAUUCAAGUGUGUUGGGCUUGUUUUUUAGAAGAUUGAUUUUGGAUUUUAAAAAAUUGUCCUUUGAAGAAGUUAUGAAAUUGGCAUUGUCUAUUCAUGAGUACAUAAAUGUCCCUAAUCAAAUAAUUUCUGUUGGUGAACAAUUUGAUGAAACAACAAUGGAUGUUAGUAGUAUGGAGCAGAGUCUACUGGAAGAAGAGAAGGAAAAUGUUGUGCAACCAUCUGAUAUUAACCAUAGUUCUGUUUCCACAAUGGGUGCACCCACACUUAGCAGAAAUAAAGCUGUUCGAUUUGUAACAGACCAGGUAAACCUAAUAGAAAGCAAUGAUUAUACUGCAAUGAACCCAAAAGAAAUCAAAGAAAAGACUGACCAACUUCAAAAGUUACACCCAGACAUUUAUGAAGUGUACUACUUGUGUUUCUUGAAUUAUUUACGUGUCUCAGAAACAAACAAAGCAACAGUGGCAUUACAAAUGUACUUCGAUUAUAAAGUGUUUCAGGAUAACAAAUUGGACGAAGAAAUUUCUGCAUUAGAAAAGCAUCAAUUAAAGUUUAAACGCUUCCGUUAUUGUGCUUUAAAUCUUGGUAUUAUGCACUGUCACCAUGGAAACUAUUCAGAAGCUUUAAUUUCUCUAGAAGAAGCUGUUCGUAUAGCUCAAGAAACCAAUGACAAAAAGUGUUUAAAUCAUGCAAUGUUUUGGUUGAGUUUGGUCAAGGAAGAAAUAGGUUGUGCACACGAAGGGGAAAAUCAUUUGAGGCAAUUUAUUGCUGAUACGAAAAAUGAUUUAGUGCAAUCAGAUGGGACAGUGGGUUGUCAAGUUAUAGAUUUUUUAGGACUGUUACGAUUUAUAAAGCUGCAGUCUAUAAAGGGUGGUGAAAAACCAGCAAAGCUUCUUUCAACUGUGACACAGUUAAUCAUAUGUAAUGCAUCAACAGCUAAAUCAGCCGAACUUAUGCGGUCAAUGUUAUUGGAACUUUACGGCUUUUCCAGUAUGGCUACCAUAACUGCACAAAAUGUUUUGCAAUCAGUACCAAGUAAUGCCUUACCAAAUUCAAUGUCUAUUUCCGGUGAAGAGUUAGCCAUGUCACUUUGUCGUUUAGCCAACCACCACAUCAAUAAUGGAUUUUACAAAGAAGCUUUCAUAAUUUUUUCAUACGUGAAAGACAAAUUUCCCUUAUACAGUAAACACCAUAAAACAAUUAGCCUGUGUGAAAUGAAAGCUCAUUUUAGACAAGUUAUUGCUGAGAGAGAGAUUGAUCAAGCUGUCCCUAUCUGCAAAUCUUUGUACAAACUUGACAAGCUAGAAGGAAAAUAUGCUUUUACCAUUGUUGAUGUGUUGUAUGGAAAUUUUUCCAAAGCAUACAAAUCAGUAAAGGAAAUGUUAGAGAAAGAUAUAAACAAUGAACUAGGUUCAUCCACUCGACCCAUUCUUAAAUUUCAGUUGUCGUUGCUUGAAAUUGAUAUUUUACUGCUCUCAGCUAACCCUUCUCAGGCUGUUUUUAAAAUCUUGGAUCUGAUAACAUUUAUUGAAUCCAAACAUAUGAAUAAUCUAAAAAUUGAUGCAAAUAUCUACUUGAUACAAUACCAAUUGCAACAAGGUUUAGUUUCCAAGGCAGAGGCGUUAGUGAAUGAAAUGAUUAUUGAUGCAUUGGCAAAUGGGACCUGUUUGCAAAAAGGGAUGUUAUUUUUUUUGCAGUACCAAUGUUUGAAAAGUGGCAGUAUGAUAAAUUCUGAUGCAGACAAAUCAACCUUGUUACACAGCCUAUCUUUGUUGGACAAAUGUCUGCAACACUUCUCAAAGGGAAAUUUCAAACAAAAAAUCAAAGAUAUUUAUUAUGAACAGGCUAUCACUUUCAAUAAACUGGACUACAUACAAGAACGAAACAAAUCGUCAACACAAUACAGGUUACUACAUGAACGUUUAAAAGAUAUGCCAAAUGUAAUCUUAUUCUAAUUUCAUGUUUAUGAUGGAAAUUUUUAAAUUAAUAAACAGGUUUUGCAAUUAUAA